CGUUUCUCUCCUUCAUUGAACCCUAAGAUACUUCCUGUACUCGCUGUCUGCUCCCACUCUUUCUACGUAAAACCCUACUUCUCUGCCACACACUUCCGCUUCAACAAUGGAGUUCUGGGGUGUUGAGGUAAAAAAUGGAGAGCCUCUAUCAGUGGAACCUGGAGAGGGCAUGGUAUUGCAUCUUUCACAGGCUAAUCUUGGUGAGGCAAAGAAAGAUAAAGGUGGUGAAUCUAUUUGCUUGUAUGUGACUGUUGAUGGGAAGAAACUUGUUCUUGCUACACUGAACACGGAGAAGCUGCCCCAGCAACAAUUUGACUUGGUUUUUGAUAGAGACUUUGAAAUAUCACAUAACUGGAAAAAUGGCAGUGUCUUCUUUUAUGGAUACCUGGCUUCAAAUCCAAUUGAUGAUGAUGAGGAAGAUGAUGAAUUUGAUUCUGACGAGGACAUCCCUCUCCAUACAAGCAAUGGGAAACCUGAUACCAAGGCAAAGCCAGAGAAACCUGCUGUGGCAGAGAAGGCAAAUGCUGCCAAGGAUUCUGCUCUGGGUAAGCAGAAGGUGAAAAUUGCAGAGCCAAAGAAAGGUGCUAAAGAUGAGGAUGAAGAUGAAAGCAGUGAUGAAGAUGAGGAUAUGGAUGAUGACGAGGAUGCUGAGACUGGGGAGGAUGAAGAUGUGAGUGACUCUGAGGAUGAAGAUUCUGAGGAUGAGAGUGAGGAGACUCCAAAGAAGGUUGAAUCUGGCAAGAAGAGGCCUUCAGAAUCAUCCAAGAAGACACCUGUACCUGAGAAAAAGGUGAAAAUGGCAACUCCUCAGAAAACUGAUGGAAAGAAGGGCAGUGAACAUGUAGCUACCCCACAUCCUUCAAAGAAAGCUGCUGGGAAGACUCCUAAUAACAAGGCUGCAAAGCAACAGACUCCAAAAUCGGGAGGUUCUCACCUCUGCAAACCAUGCAAUAGGAGUUUUGGUUCUGAAAGUGCUUUGGAUUCUCACUCAAAAGCUAAACAUGGUGCUGGAAAGUAAAAUUGAGUGCCCGGGGGGAGAAAUAGGAGUUAGAGCCUACUAGCCUAGCCUGCCUUGGUUCACUGUUUGGGGUUUUGUUUUGUGGUUCAUCUAAUGUUAAGGCGGGUUAUAGUAUGUUUUGGUUGGUUUCAGAGUCGUAUUUUUACUGAAUGAGUCAGGCAGGACCGGGGCUGGUUUUGGCAUUGCAACUUUCAAAUCGAACUUUAAUUUUGUGUUUUAUUGUGAUUGGAUAUUAUUAUGAAUUUUACCAAAUGAAAAAGAACUUGUUUGGUUCAAAG